AUGUCCUUUUCCAAAGCCCUACUUAAGAACACAUUCAAUGCUGGCAGAAGAAGCUAUGCCACCUCUGUAGCCAAGUUCACUGGCGCCAAAAACGCUGAGGGCAAGUACACUGUCACCUUGAUUGAAGGUGAUGGAAUUGGUAUCGAGAUCUCCAAGUCUGUCAAGGAUAUCUACUCUGCUGCUAAGGUUCCAAUUCAAUGGGAGCCUGUCGAUGUCACUCCCCAGCUAGUCAAUGGGAAAACCACCUUACCCAAGGAAGCCAUCGAGUCUGUUUUCAAGAACAAAGUAGCACUCAAGGGCCCCUUAGCUACUCCAAUUGGUAAAGGCCAUGUCUCCUUGAACUUGACCUUGAGAAGAACCUUCAAUUUGUUUGCCAACGUCAGACCAUGCAAAUCAAUUGUCGGCUAUAAAACUCCUUAUGAUGACGUUGAUACCGUUUUAAUUAGAGAAAACACUGAGGGUGAAUAUUCUGGUAUCGAACAUACAAUUGUUCCCGGUGUCGUUCAAUCAAUUAAACUAAUCACAAAGCCUGCCUCUGAAAGAGUUAUUAGAUACGCUUUUGAAUAUGCUAAAUCCGUCAAAAAACCUCAUAUUUUGGUGGUUCAUAAAGCCUCAAUCAUGAAACUUUCCGAUGGGUUAUUUGUUAAUACCGCAAAGGAAGUAGCUAAAGAGUACCCAGGCAUCACUUUGGAUUUUGAAUUAAUCGACAAUACCUGUCUCAAGUUAACUACUGAUCCAACUCAAUACUCAAAUGUUGUUAUGGUUAUGCCAAAUUUAUAUGGUGAUAUUAUGUCCGAUUUAUCUUCUGGUUUAAUCGGUGGCCUAGGUUUAACUCCCUCAGGUAAUAUGGGUGACAAUGUUUCCAUCUUUGAAGCUGUUCAUGGUUCUGCUCCUGAUAUCUCCGGCAAAAACUUGGCCAACCCAACCGCUCUACUAUUAUCUUCCUGUAUGAUGUUGAGACAUAUGGAAUUAAACUCAUAUGCUGACAAAAUCGAAAACGCUGUCUUGAAGACAAUUGCCUCAGGUCCAGAAAAUAGAACUAAAGAUUUAAAAGGUAAUGCAGGUACUGAUUCAUUUACUAAAAAAAUUAUUGAAAAUUUAUAA